AUGGGGCGAGCGUCGCCAUUGCUUUUGGUGCUUUUGGCACUAGGGUUUUUCUUUGCGACAUAUAACUUGUUGACUUUGGUAAUACAAUAUAAGGAUUCUAGUUCAGGAUUUGGAUCAGGGACUUCCGAUCCUGUAACUCGGAUGCCAGCCAAUUUGAGGAAAUUAGGGGAGUCGAAUUUGAAAUUCCAUGUUGCUCUUACGGCUACUGAUGCUCCUUAUAGUCAAUGGCAAUGCCGGAUUAUGUAUUAUUGGUAUAAGAAGAUGAAAAACAUGCCAGGAUCAGACAUGGGAAAGUUUACUCGAGUUUUGCAUUCUGGAAAAGGUGAUCAUUUGAUGGACGAGAUUCCAACUUUUGUUGUUGAUCCUCUUCCAGAGGGCCUAGAUCGGGGUUAUAUUGUCUUAAAUAGACCAUGGGCUUUUGUGCAAUGGCUGGAAAAGGCGACAAUUGAGGAAGAAUACAUUCUAAUGGCAGAGCCGGACCACAUAUUUGCAAAUCCUUUGCCUAACUUGGCACAUGGAGAUAAUCCAGCAGGUUUCCCAUUUUUCUAUAUUAAACCAACUGAACAUGAGAAAGUUGUUAGGAAGUUUUAUCCUGAGGAGAAGGGUCCUGUGACUGACGUUGAUCCAAUUGGCAAUUCUCCUGUAAUAAUAAAAAAGUCCCUGCUGGAGGAAAUUUCGCCAACCUGGGUGAAUGUUUCCUUAAGAAUGAAGGAUGACCCGGAGACUGAUAAGGAAUUUGGUUGGGUGCUAGAAAUGUAUGCCUAUGCUGUAGCAUCUGCAUUGCAUGGUGUGAGGCACAUACUUCGUAAUGACUUUAUGCUACAGCCGCCAUGGGAUUUGGAAGUUGGGAAGAGAUUUAUUAUCCACUAUACUUAUGGAUGCGACUAUAAUAUGAAGGGAAAAUUAACAUAUGGAAAGAUUGGAGAAUGGCGGUUUGACAAGAGAUCCUAUCUCAGUGGUCCUCCACCAAAGAACCUCACCCUGCCCCCACCAGGAGUUCCUGAAAGCGUGGUGAGACUUGUAAAGAUGGUGAAUGAGGCUACGGCUAACAUUCCAGGCUGGGACUCGUUAAACAGUGACUGA